AUGGGCUCGCUGCCGCAAUCCACCACUCUCGACAUCCUUCAGGCCGAAUUCUCUCCUCCGCUAGACAGCUCGCUCAUCGCGGCAAUAAUUGCGGAUUACGAUGAUCUUUCCGACUCAGCAAAUCAGAUGCAGUCUCUUUGGGAUAUCUUGAUGCGACUAGCUGCCCAAGCGGAGAAGGAAAUCCAGGGUGAAGACAUUCUAUCUGAACAACUCUCCAGUGCACACAUAUCACCAUACUCUGUCAGUGACGGCGCCAGCAGCUUUCCUGAUGUCCUAUCCCCGGGCGGUAGCACCACGACUUCCAGCUCUUCGUCUGACUCCUCUAGUCAACAAUCAUUCGCUUCCCCGCUCGGGUUCCUGCAGGCAGCCUUCCCUGAUGUCCCGACCUCCAAACUCAAGAGGGUGCUCAAGGAUCUUGGAAACGCGGAUGAUCUGGACAUGGAAUCAGCUGUCGAGCAUGUACUCUCAGCUGAAUAUGUGCGAGAGCUCGAAGAACGUGGUCUCGAAGGAUUAGAUGAUUUAGACAUUCCAGAGGACUAUAACGCUCAAUGGCUUACGGUUGAGACAAAGAAAGCGCCUCAGAAAGCAGCAAAGAAGAACAAGAAACGCGGAACAACGUUCACGCUCAUCGAUGUCCGCCAGAAGCAGCGCGAACGUACGCCGCCGAUGUCGCCUCGUCCCGCUGUACCCGAUCCGUGGACGCAGCUGUCGUCCGUCGCGUCCUACCUCUCCGCCUUGAUACCCACUCAUCCCGCUUCGUACUUCCAGUCCGUCUUCCACUCUCCUGAGAAUGCUACCCCGGCGAAGGCUGUCCGUGCUGCCCUCCGUUCGAUAGCAUCCACGUCCGGCGCGUCCAGCUCGGAGCUGGAGUUAGAACUCAUGCCUGGUGACACAACGUCUCUGUUCACCAUGUUUGACGUUCUCAACUCCAUGCCUGAACACGCAGAGCUGAACACGGAGGAACGCGAUCAGAUGAUGGAGGAUGCUCAGUUAGCUCUCCGUGCCACGCAAGGCCAGCCCGACACGGCGCUCGACAUCGUCGGGAUCAUCCGAGAGCUCGACAGCGAUUCCACCUCUGGUGAAUUCGCAUGGGGCGUGUACCAUUCGCCCGCAGCGCAAUCUCCUCGCCACCCAUCGUUUGCCGCUUAUGGCCCUGCGAAGACACUUCGUAUAAACCUUCCGUCGGGCCCUCCUCCGGCCCCUCCACCUCCCCACAUACGGCCUCGCUCUCCUGAGAAUGACAAUCGCAUCAUGCAGCCACCGGCGAAUGCAUGGAAGACGGUGCCUCAGCGGCAGCCGUCAGGCCCACACCCGUUGGUCGAGGUUAUACCUGCGUACAAGCGCAAGGUGCGCGGGGGCGGAAACGGCCUCGGCAAGGGCGGAAAGGGCGACGUCGGCGAGCUUAUAUCGGCUAGCAGGCAGCGUGGGAUGCAAGAGCUGAAGGAGAGCAGAAGGAAAGCAUUAAAGGAGGCCGGGAGAGCGUGGCAGAAAGGGAAUACGAAGACGCGCGGUGGGGAGAUCGCUUUGUACUAUGCAGAGAGGGCUCGUGAGCUGCAGCAGCAAGCGUUACAGGAACAGUUAGGCGCUGCGAUGGAGAUAGUCCAGGCUAAGCGAACGACGUCCGUCAAUGGAGGUACCGUUGAUCUCCAUGGGACUACGAUUGUCGAAGCCGUCUAUAUCGUCAAGGACAUUUUACGAGAGUCCGGAUCUUCUCCUUCCAAACCGCUGCGGGUUAUCACUGGCCGCGGUACGCACUCCGUGAACGGCGUGGGCGUCCUCGGUCCGGCGAUCAAGAACGCUCUGCAGCAAGACGGCUGGGUUGUUGCUUCCUUCGACGGCGGUCUGGUCGUCCGC